AUGGCUACGUUUGACUUGGGUGCUUUCGUGGCUGAGCCAACUAGUGAUGUGUUGGAUUCGUGUAGAAAAGUUGACUUAUUGGAGAUUGCCCGGCACUAUGAAAUCCCCGUGUCUGUUACAUUGCGCGUGGGAGAGUUAAGGGAGGCUGUGUUGGCAGGUUUGGUCGCCAGUGAAGUUUUGGUUUUGCCCAAGUCGAGCAAUCUGGAACAAGGAGUGACCGUGGGAGGCGCAGUGGCGUCCCCCGUGCGUCUCGGGGAGAGCGCGGAUUCCCCACAGCCACCGGUGGGCUCUCCAGAGGUUUUGUUUGGGGAGGCUGAGGAAAAGGUUCGUGUCUUGUCUCCUACUUUGAGUGUGCAUUCUCCUCGUGAUGUGCGCUUGGAUGUGCGCCUUGCGCGGCUCAAAAACGAGAGAGAGGAGAAAGAGCGUGACUUCCAGCUCAAGCGUGAGCUCGAGUUAAAGCGCAUUGAGCUGGAGGCAGCCACUGCUCGCGAGGUUGAGUUUAGAAGCCGUGUGUUCGGAGAGUCUUGA